GGGAAGCCGUGCAUUCCGUUCCAAGGCGUCUGUGAGCCCGCGGAGUAUACGCCAUGAGCAAAGCUCACCCUCCCGAGUUGAAAAAAUUUAUGGACAAGAAGUUAUCAUUGAAAUUAAAUGGUGGCAGACAUGUCCAAGGAAUAUUGCGGGGAUUUGAUCCCUUUAUGAACCUUGUGAUAGAUGAAUGUGUGGAGAUGGCGACUAGUGGGCAACAGAACAAUAUUGGAAUGGUGGUAAUACGAGGAAAUAGUAUCAUCAUGUUAGAAGCCUUGGAACGAGUAUAAAUAAUGGCUGUUCAGCAGAGAAACCCAUGUCCUCUCUCCAUAGGGCCUGUUUUACUAUGAUGUAAAAAUUAGGUCAUAUACAUUUUCAUAUUAGACUUUUUGUUAAAUAAACUUUUGUAAUAGUCAAAAAAAAAAAAAAAAAAAAAA